UAUUAUCGCCUGGGUUGUGCCCUGUCGACGUGCAGAACGUCCAACGUUUGUGUGAUACCCUUCGUCGUCGUCGCUCACGACGUCCAGAAGUCCACCUUCACAUAUACCCCUCACUUUCCCUUACAACGCCAAUCAUUCCGUCGCUCUUUUCAGCAUUCUUUCUGUCAUUCGAUCGGGUCAAUCCAUCAUCAGUCACCGCAUUAGGCUUGUGCCAGUUUGGAAAUCAUUAUUCUUUUCACCUCGGCUUAUCUAUAGCAGGCACGGUCCUAGAGGACUUGUUCCCCAAUCCGAAUAGAAUGUCCUCAGAAGGUAGUGUCGGAACCACCUCUGUAGGCUCUGUUUCUACCAUCACGCAGUCCAGGACCAGUUCCAGCUCGGCCAAGUCAAACGUCUCCCCAAAACCCUCAGUGAAUCGUAAUGUUUCCACUCAAUCCUCACGUUCCUCCCUCACGGAGUCUUCAUCUGAAGUGACCCCACACAGUAUCUUACGGUCCACUUCGUUUAACACCUUGUCUCCCUCCUCGUCCUCGUCAUCUGUCACCUUCGCGCCACUGCCAGAAAUCGGCCCCCGGAAACGUAAUGCUUCCUUGCAACUCGGUGUUGGUGCACGUUCUCGCAUGCUACGUAACCGUAGAAUUAUCAUGCAACAGACUGCACUUGCAGCAGAAGAAGGAGAGGAACUGCAACCGCAUCACCUUCCACCCGACGUCGCUGCUACUAUCAGGUGGACACAGGGUCCUCCCGGUGACCCUGGGAUGGCAGAGGAUGCAGUUGAAGACGCGUUCAUCGCUCUCGGAAAGAUGAUGAAGAGCGCAGGGAAAGGUCUUUGGCGUCGGGUGUCUCUGAAGGAUUUGAAGGAGAAGGAUAAAGACAAGGAUAAAGAAGGUGAUGGCGAAAGUGAAGGCGGAGGCGAAGAUGGGAGUGAAGGUGGAGGCGAAGGUGGAAGUCAAGAUGUCAGGGAGGAGAAGGGAAGAAGGAAGAAAGACAAGAAGAAGACACAAGAAUGCACCGACCAGAAUCCGGAAGAAUUAAAGACAUCGUCUAAUGCUCAGGGUGUCAGAAAGAUCAAGCAUGCAAAGUCAUAUCCCCGACGACGGCGAUCGACCUUCGACCUUGCAAUACCACCACCAGUACGCAGAUCGUCAUCCAUGGAGGAAGAGGAAGGAAGGGUAUGGGAAGAAGAAGUCAGCGAGGAAUUCAGAAAACGACUCUCUGGUAUUGUCGAGCCGAAGCCCCCAAAAGACGCAUCCUCUGAGGUGCAGAGUACGGUUAUCAGUGUACGAACUGGUACUGUUGAAGCACUCGCUUCCGCGAAAGGCAAGCCUCGAAGUCCACGAUGAGCUUUGCCUUCAUACUACAAAACGCAUUCGAAAUCAUUGGAAAGGAAGUAUCGGUUUCUUGGUUCGUCGGUUUUUGACUUCAUUUCUGGAGGAAGGCAUAAAUUACUUUACUAUUCAUUUUUUUUUCCACAUAUGCAAUUUCCCGUCAAUUUCGUUCAGUGGUUCAGACGUUCAGGUCGCACGGUCAUCAUCAUAUAUUGUUAUUUUUUGCUCCAUCGCAUACUCUCCGGGAUAUACUCACUGUAAUGCUCUUCGCAAGAAGAAACCACUCUAUUCUACAUAGUGCAAGUUUAUUUAUUGCCACAGUACAAUAUCUUGUCGAACUCUGUACUUAAGAAUAUCUUAGGACGCGUCGAAGAGGCUAAACGGAGACGCGACGCAACGUUAACCUUCAUGCAUCAUGCUUCAGAAUAUCUCAUUACAGA